AUGGCAGCCAGUGCAAAAGUCAGCAUCUUCGUCUCAGGAGCAACAGGUUACAUUGGCGGAGCGGUGCUCACCAAAUUGCUCGAACACCCUAAAGCAAACGACUUCCAUAUCACCGCCCUCGUCCGGUCCACAGAGAAAGCCGAGAAGCUGAAAUCAGUUGGCGUAACCCCGGUCAUUGGCUCUCUAGAUGACACCGAUUUGGUGCACAAAUUAUCCUUGGACUCCGACAUUGUCAUAUCCAUGGCUAAUGCAGACCACGCACCGUCCGUACAAGCUAUGUUGAGCGGCCAAAAGGAGCGCUUCGAAAAGACGGGUGAACGACCUAUUCUCAUCCACACUUCUGGAACAGGAGUUCUUUCCGACAACGCCGAAGGGUUAUACCGCACUGAGACAAUUUGGAACGAUGCAGACCCCGCGCAAAUCGCCACAAUUGCCCCCACUCAACCUCACCGUAACGUUGAUUUGCUCAUUGUCGAUGCAGACAAAGAAGGAUACGUCAGAACCUACAUUAUUUUACCCUCAACUAUCUACGGUUUAGCUCGGGGUCUACUGGUUGACAUUGGCGUAUCCAACAACCGUUCCAUCCAAAUUCCCGCUAUUAUCGAGGCGAGCUUGGACCGUAAACAGGGAGGUAUGGUUGGUCAAGGCAAGAAUUUGUGGCCCAAUGUACACAUCGAUGAACAGGCUGAUCUUUAUAUACUUUUACUGGACGCCGCACUCAGCAAGCCAGAAACAGGCCACGGCGUCAACGGAUACUACUUCGGCGAGAGUGGCGAGCACUCGCUAUAUGAUGUCGGGAAAGCGGUGGCAGAAGCACUGGUGGACCUUGGGAUCGGAAGCCCCGAGCCAACCACUUUCACAAAGGCAGAGAUCGAUAAAUACUUCGGUGGAAGUGCUUACCUGGGCAGCAAUUCUCGCGCACGAGCAAAUCACUCGCGGGCCGUUGGCUGGAGCCCAAAGAAGAGCACGACAGACAUGCUUGCCAGCAUUCGGGCGGAAGUUGAAGAGGCAUUGAAGAGGGCCAAAAAGUUGUAG